GUUGCCACACUGAAAUGACAGGCAAUGAUUGUUGUCCGCCUCUAAUAGCAAGCCAGUAUCCUGCAGUAUUCACAGGUCGCGAUGUUGCUGCAGUCGCUGCAAUGCUGCUCCAUGCUAAGCCUAAGCGUGUGGACGUAGACAUGGAGGCCGCGGAUCUGAGGGGGGCGCCGUGGGGGGCGCUCGUGGCGGCGGCAGGGGGCGUGGAUGUCGUGCUGAAAUUGUCCAGCCCUGACCGCAACGAGCAUCACGACGACCUCCUCCUGCCACUGCAGGACAGCGGGGUGAGGCUGGUGACCUUCUCCGGUUGCGUGGGCACCUCCGCAGGGGUGGCGGCCCUCGCCUCAUGCGUGGCCCGCGACGCUGACCUCUACAUCAACAUGGCGGCGCCCCUGGACCUCAGCGCCCUCGGGGGGACAUACAAGUACCUCUGUAUUUGUGUGUCGCGCCCCUUCCCUCCUCCUGGCCCCUCCUCCCCCACGUGGCCGCUGCCCUCCUCCCCCCCGCCAACGCUGGCCGUGGAGCUGGCGGAUGUGGGGUCCUGGGAGGCCGGGGCCCACACCAUCCUCUCCCUCGCCCCUCCUGGCAAGAGGUUCGGGAGCCUUCGCUGCAGCCGCGGAGCCGCGGCUCUGGAUCGCUGCAGCCUUCGAGCCGCGGUGCUGGUGUCGCUGCUCCAGCGGCUCCACGCCGCCGGAGUGAGGACGGAGACCGAGGGCGACACGUGCGCCGAGGUUGACGAGUGGGGGACUGUUCGCCUCUGGAUCACGGACCAGUGGCCCACGGGGGGACCAGAGGUGCUCAGUGACGCCGAACUGCGCUGGCGAAAAUACCUGGGCUGGCGAAAAUUCCUGGAUUAAUAAGGCUGGCAAAGCGAAACCGAGUCGUCCCUUCUUCCUCAAGCCAUGCUGGCGUUAAACCUGAAUAAUGGUGACGAUGUGGUGAAUGGUGGUGAUAUUGACAUUAUGGUGUAUG